GCCGCCUCGGUAAAACAUAUCGACGACUCCGACCUCCACCUCCACCGCAACCUCAACCCCCCUUCCUCCGACCUCCAUCCUCCGCCCCUGCACCACUCCCCAUCAGCGAUCCUCCCACCGGCGCAUCCCCGGGCCCGCCUCCGCCUCCGCCGUCCGGGACGCGAUGCGCCUCCGCUCCCCACUAUCAUCCGUCCCCGCGAUUCGCGCGGACGGCCAGGCUGCGGAUGCCGACUUCCUGCUUGACUCGUGGCUCGGGGCGCUGCGGGACCUCGGUGGAGACCGCGGGUGGCAGCAGCCAGGCAUUGGGAAGAUCCGUGUCGACCGGGCAUUAGAUCGAGCAUGUCGGGUCGUUGGGGUGGUGACGUUGUGCACACCAAAUGGAUACGGCGAUCUCAUGCUGAAUCUGAAGGACCCAUCUGGUACUAUUGAUGCAUCAGUUCACAAGAAAGUUCUAUCAAAUGAAAACCUUUCAAAGGGUUUAUCAGUUGGGUCUGUCAUUGUUCUCAAACAGGUGGCAGUUCUUCGCCCUUCUAGCACAGUGUGCUAUCUGAAUGUUACCCAGAAAAACGUUGAAAAGGUGCUGCAAAAUGACAGUGACUCCCCAUGUAAGCAAGCAGUUCCAUCAAGUAAUUCUGAAAGGCAAAGCCAACAGCCUGGCCAAGGAGAUAAUAUGGAAAAGGAAGCUGGAGCGGAAACAACUGAUGGAAUGACAGCGAUCUUCAGUAAGCUCUCGAGGACCAAGGAUGGUCGGAUAGCCGACUUACUUUGUGAUAAUGGUGGUGCAGCAAAAGCUGUUAAUGGUAGUAUUCUGAGAAUGGACAAAGAUACUCAUGGUGUACAAAAUCAUCAUGAGAAACGGAUGGAUCAAAUGGAUUCAAGUUCUCAAAUAAAUAAUUUGCCAGGCUUCAACUCCAGUCAGCAGCUGCAGAAAAUCAUUUCUAGCAUGAAUCCAGCUAAUUGCCAGCUGAAACAAGGAGGAGGCGUACCCAAGUAUGGAACAAGCAGUGAAGCUAAAAGUUCCGCUGACGAUAUAAUGAGAAAACUCUCAGGUGGUGAAAUGAUGGUUCCCAGUAGCAAGGAGAUAACUGUUGCUGGGGGUUCUCGUCGUAAUUGUGGAACACAUGGUGAAAGCAACAAUAGGGAUGAGCAUCAGCAGAAAAACCCGAAUGCAGAUACAAGAUGCACACAGCCGAUUCUAGGUGGAAGCUCAGUUAUGGCUGGAAGCAGAGAUUGUUCGCAAGCUUCCUGUACUGGAAAUCCUAGGCAACUCUCUGGCGAUGAAUCGAUGCAGGCUCGUAGUAAAAAACUUAAGAGUGAUGCAAUGCUUUCCGAUGGCAAUGGUCUGGAUGACAUAGCAGAUGAUUUCCUCGGUGGUCACAGUUUGAUCAGGAAGCCCAAGCAUCAGCAAAAAGACAUCACCCAUGGCGCAAGUGCGGGUACCCUCGAGCCAACUCAAGAAAAUUGCUCUAUGUCUGCCACCGGCGGAACAUUACCUUCCAGUCAUAAGAUGGUUUCAGUGGCUUCUGUACCAGAAUGGACUGAUGAGCAGCUUUCUCAACUCUUUGAUGACUACUGAUACCGGAGUGCAUACUUCAUCUAGUAGUUGCCUAGCUUAUAUUUUUCUUUUGGGGUAGUUUGAUGUUGUCCCAAGGGUGCGACAAAGUCAGGCAUGUUAGUUGUAUAUAUAGUCUAGAAGAUGGUUAACACCUCAAGGUUGUGACUCACGUGUUCUCAGUGAUGUGCCUCGAUGACCAAAUAGAGACAGUUUAUAGACCAGUGGAUGGAUUAUAUCGUAAUCUUGUGCAGUUCCUCUGUAAGAUGAAAGUUGAAGGAUGUUAUUGUUA